GCCUCCCCAUGUUCUAGUUCCAGCCCUCUCUCUAUCCCCGCCCAGAACUCUGACUUGCACUGAGACAGACAGCGGGCUAAGAUGCUCCGCUCCGCUGUGAGCCGCCUGCCAUGUCACGCCUUACCUGCCCUGGCCGCUGUAUUCCUCCGCCAGAAAGAAAAAGAGGACAAGCGGCGGCGACCCGAAAGGAGACCAAAGAGCUGGAGGAAAGAAGUACAUCCCUACUAUGACUUGAGUGUGAAGGUUAUCCGAGCACGCAAUAUACAUGGAGCUGACUUGUUAUCGGAAGCUGAUUGCUAUGUGCAGUUGCGUCUUCCCACUGCAUCCCCCUUGACCUCUAGAACAGAGGUCAUAUAUAACUCCAGUGACCCGGAAUGGAAUGAAACCUUUCAUUAUCGUAUUCACGGUGCGGUCAAGAACAUACUUGAGUUGGAGCUUUAUGACAGAGAUGUUGUGGUCGACGAUCAUCUGUCCUCCGUAGUGUUUGACAUAGGAAACAUCAAGCCUGGACAUACCGUCAAGAGAGACUUCAUGCUUGACACAAAAAACAAAGAGGUAUUAGAAUUGGAGUUUUUUCUCAAGGAAAGCGAUGAACCGCCCACCAAGGUUAUUACCAAUGGAGUCCUUGUGGCUCAUCCCUGCAUGUGUGUUGAAGGAAGAAUCUACAAAAAUGAAAAACCAUCGUCAGAGAAAGGCGACCGGCUUUUGAAAUUGUCCGUUCCGGGUUCAUGUGAGAAGCAAAUGUGUGUUCAGCACUCAUCAAUUACAGAAGAGGGGGUGCCGUUUGUGUUCCAUGCUGAUAGAGACAUGAGCCCCAAUCUAGAUGUGAGCCUACAGCAAAAACUCCGAGUUGGACAGGAUGAUCUAGCUCCUGAGCUCGACAGAAAAACUCUAUUAGUGGGUGAAGCGUCCCUACCUAUUGCGUCACUUCCUCUUGGUCAGGAGGUGGACAUCAGUCUUCCUCUCUCCAAGGAUCAAAACCUGGACAUGAGUGUGAAAACUGAGGAGAGCUGUCAGGAACUUGAUAUCCGUCUUGGUUUUGAACUGUCAGAUGGAGAGAGAGACUUUCUAGGGAAAAGGAAGAAGGUGGUCUCUCACUGUCUAAAAGAAGUGUUGAAGCUUAACAGUGAUCCUAAUACAGAAGAGGUUCCAGUGGUUGCAGUUCUGGGCUCCGGAGGUGGCACACGAGCUAUGACGUCAUUCUAUGGGAGCCUGCUUGGACUUCAGGAUCUCAAGAUUCUGGACAGUGUCACAUAUUUGUCUGGGGUGUCUGGGUCAACAUGGUGUAUGUCUACACUUUAUAGAGACCCUGACUGGUCAAAGAAUGAUCUCAGAGAUCCCAUUGGCAACGCAAGAACUUCAGUUGCGGCCAGCAAGGCUGGAGCCUUCUCACCGGAGAGGCUGAGACACUGCAUGCAGGAACUUACGACCAUGGAGAAUGAUGGCCACAAAGUCAACUUCACAGACUUAUGGGGUCUUUUAAUUGAAUAUUUUCUGCAUCAGGAGGCGAAUCCAGCGAAGCUGUCGGACCAGCAGGUGUGUGUGUCAAGCGGUCAGAACCCUUACCCAAUAUACGCCGGGGUCAAUGUCCGAGUCAACAUUAGCGGAAGAGAGUUUGCAGAAUGGUGCGAGUUUACACCCCAUGAGGUUGGAUUCCGAAAAUAUGGAGCCUUUGUACGCACUGAAGAUUUUGGUAGUGAAUUUUUCAUGGGGCACCUUAUUCACAAAAGAAAGGAACCUAAAAUCUGUUACCUGGAAGGUGUAUGGGGAAGCGCAUUUGCUGCUAAUCUGGAUGAGAUAUGGGCUCAGGCAACUGGCACGGGAAGCCGCAUCUUUAGCUCUCUAAGUGAUGUCAUCAAAGUGAUAGAUGGCUGUAGAAAAUUACACUUUCGAGAUUCUCGACUGCAGACUCGUCUCGUGAUGCCAGGAGGAAUUGUGUCUAGCAUUUUCCAGGAUUUCUUUAAGUCUCGGUUUACCGCAGGCGAACGCUAUAACUUCACACGGGGGCUUUACCUCUACAAGAACUACGUAGGGGCCCAAGAGUUUGUAGCAUGGAAAGGAAAUCACCCCGAUGCUUUCCCAAACCAGCUUACUCCAAUGGAGGAAAACCUCUACUUAGUGGAUGGGGGCUUCUCGAUUAACUCACCGUUCCCAUUGGUCCUGCAGCCAGAGAGGCACGUUGAUGUCAUUCUGUCUUUUGACUACUCGUGGAAUGCUCCAUUUAAGGUCCUGGAUCUCACACAGCAGUACUGUAGGGAGCGAAGAAUCCCAUUCCCUGAUGUAACUGUGAGUGAACAGGAUAAGGAACAGCCAAAGGAAUGUUACCUGUUUAUGGACGAGAAUGACCCAAGAUGUCCCAUAGUGCUUCACUUUCCCAUGGUCAACAAAACAUUCCGAAAAUUCAAAGCACCAGGGGUUAAGCGGGAGACAGAAAAGGAGAUAUCGGAUGGUGACUUUACCUUAACGGCAAAGGACUCUCCUUAUCGGACAAAGAACUUCACCUAUGAGCCAAAUCAUUUUGAUCAAUUAAUCGAGGUGAAUCGGUAUAAUGUACUGAACAACCAGGAUCAGAUAUUGAAAGCGUUAACGGCUGCAUUGGAACGCAAGAAACGUAAAGCAGCCAGAAAGCACUAAAAACGAUGAAUUGUUUAUUUGAGGCUAAAUUCUGUGAUUAAUCAUGCUUUUAGUGCCAAUCUGUUCAGUAUCUACAACCACAUUUUAAUAUUCACAGUAUUAUUGUCUGUCCCGGUCAGUAAAA